AUGGCCUUCCGCUGGAUCGUCAACGCGGGCCUUGUCGCCAUUCCCGUCGGCACCACGUUGGGAGUUCUAUUUGGAAUUGAUGCCCAACGACAGGCAUCCGGAGAGCCGCCACUAUUCACCCCUACGAGCACCCCCGGCUCUGGAGGAUCAAGUGGUGGUAGCGGAGGUGGAGAUAGCACUGGUGGCGGCGGCGGUAGCAGCGGCAGUGUCUCCGACAAUGGCAUCGUGAACUCCCAGUAUUGCCAGCUUUCAUAUGGUGUCUCGCCGCCAUCGAAAGGAGAGAAUUAUACUCUCAACCCUAAUCAAUGGGGUGUCGAGGAUGGCGUAUCUGGCUUAUGCUUGAAUGUUACCACAUUCAAUAACGAGACAUAUCCCACAAAUACCUCCGCACCCGCGUGGUCGGCGACAUGGAAAUACGCCCAAGGACCCGAAACACAGCCCGUGUGGGCCUUUCCUAAUAUCAUGGUUGACGAUGGUCUGCCAGUUGCACUGUCCGACCUAUCGGCCAUCGAUUUUGACUUGCUCUGGACUUACACCGUCGGCAACACGACGUCAACCUCAAUGGACACCUCGGCGCUGGACGGCGUCUCGCUCAAUGCGAACGUUGCCAUCGAUAUGUUCUUGGACGCAAAUGCCACAAAGUCCUCAAAUAGCUCUGGGGCUGAGUACGAAAUCAUGGUGUGGUUUGGCCGUUUUGGCGACUCGACAUAUACCAUUGGUAACACCACGCUCGGUGUGAUUGAUACCUAUAAUUUGAAUGGAACUGAGUUCGACCUAUACUACGGCAAGAACGGUAAUGACCAGAACGUGUUCACAUGGCUUACGGCGGAGACGACAUCGAGAUUUACCGGCGAUCUCUUGAAGCUCAUCACGGAGCUUACGAUGAACAACACCGCGGACUAUUAUCCGUCCGGAACCGAUUACCUAGGAUACUUCAGUUUUGGCUCCGAAGCCUACUUUGCCGAUGACUAUGUCACCUUCAAUGUACCCGAGCUUUCGAUAGAUAUACAAUCAUAA